UGCCUUCCAUUUGGAGGUGAGCAUUCCAGCGGUCACAACUUUGAUCCAAGUUUCUGAGCCAUGCGAACGGAGUAUCCGUUGCCGGAGGGCAUUGCCUCCUUUCGCGAGUUUUGGCCCUACUACUGUCGUGAACAUACCGACAAGAACAACCGAUCGCUUCAUCUUGCAGGGAGUCUGACAGGCCUGGGGGUGUUUCUACACACCUUGCUGUCCGGCGCCGACAAGCGCCGGCUUUUGGCCUGCCCAUUGAUCGGCUACGGCUGUGCCUGGAUUGGGCACUUCUUCAUCGAGCGGAACAAGCCAGCGAGCUUCAAGUAUCCCUUGUGCUGAUGAUGCUGCUGGGCCGCAUGGACUCAGAGGUCGCUUUGGCGCAUCAGAAGCUCGGGAGCACGCCCUGAGUCGCUGAGCGCCUCGCGACCGACCGCUUCUUUCCGCCGGUUUCGCCGGCGGUUGGCGGGCGGAUCACCCGGUUUCCCUGGACGGACCGCUGAAAUACUGCAGCCGUUGCAAGGGGAAUGCCGUGAUCUACGUUGGAGAUGUGAGCGCUUGGCUCCUUUCCGUGCUGGCUGUCCUCCAGACAAUGUUUGGCGGCAGCUGCAGAAGUUCCGACGGCGUCGAGUUGCAGUCUGAGAGGGAUAGCAACACAGCGAGCCACGUUCAGAUUGCUUUGCAUUGU